AACAAAAGUCUCUGUCUCCAUUGUUGUUUCUCUGUCUCUUCUCUCUCUUUACGAAGAAAGUAGAGAGAGAGCAGAAGAAGAAGAAGAAGAAAGAACGGGUUUGUAGUUGUUGGUUGCGUUUCUUUCUCUCAGUUACUUAUUUUUCUGUUUCUCGUUUUAACUUUUACCCGGUUGAAUCUGAUUCUGAGAUCCUCCUACGUUUUGAUUGAUCUGUCCUCUCCUGACAAAGAAGAAAACAGAGUGAGAGAUAGAGAAAGGGUUUUGAUGUUUCUCGUGUUUGUAGUCUCUUUCUCAAUCACUGUUUGAUGCAUUCUCAUGUUAUAAAUAAACAAACAUCUAUUCAAACCUUUUGUGAGUGUGUGUGUUUGGUGCCAAUAGGAAAAAAAAUAUAUACGUUGAUCUCUCUUCCUUUUUGGAGUUUUUUUAAUUUGUAAGAAGAACUAUAUUCAUCAUUAGUAUUCUUGCAUAAAAGUAGCUGGAACUAAAGUAGGAGGUGUAUAUGUUUGUUCUUGUAGUAUUCAUUCGCUCUUUGUGGUGAUCAUUGGGGUCUAAAGCUUUCAAUCUUUACUCGCUGGAGGACUGUGUGUGUGACUUUACAAUAGUUGGUCUGGAGUGCCUUAUUAAUAUAAUCAGGGCCCUGAGAAUGGGGUCCUGUUUAUCUGCAGAGAGCAUGAGUCCUACUACACCGGGCUCUCCUUGCUCUCCUGGCUUUGGUGUGAAGAAAAGAAAAAACUCUAAGAAGAGACUUGGUUCCAGGAACUCCUCCUUUAAUCGCAUGAGAGAUGAUGAUGAUCCGUUGUCUACGGUUCCGGGUCGGAUGUUCUUGAAUGGUUCAAGUGAGGUUGCUUGUAUCUUCACUCAACAAGGCAAGAAAGGGCCUAAUCAAGAUGCCAUGGUUGUUUGGGAGAACUUUGGUUCAAGGAAAGAUACAAUCUUCUGUGGAGUCUUUGAUGGGCAUGGUCCAUAUGGUCAUAUGGUUGCAAAGAGUGUCAGAGAUAAUCUCCCUCUCAAAUUAAGUGCUUAUUGGGAACCUAAAGUACCAGUUGAAGCUUCUCCAAAGCCCAUCACCACCGUUAAUAGUGACAACAACUCUGAAGACGCUGCUGCGGUUUCUUUUGUAUCUGCUGAGGAAGAACCUAAGCCAUCUACUGACAUGGAGGAGGAGAACAUGGAAGAGUCACAUUCUGAAUUGUUUCAAACUCUAAAAGAGGCGUUUCUCAAGGCUUAUAAAGUUGUGGACAGAGAACUUAUAUUCAAUGGCAGCGUUGACUGUUUCUGUAGUGGGACAACGGCUGUGACUUUGAUCAAACAGGGUGAGUAUCUCGUUGUUGGAAACGUUGGGGACUCUAGAGCUGUGAUGGGGACAAGAGACGGUGAAAAUGGUCUUGUUGCUGUUCAACUAACCGUGGAUCUCAAGCCAAAUCUUCCAGCUGAGGAAGAGAGAAUAAAAAAGUGCCGUGGACGUGUGUUUGCUCUCAAAGAUGAACCUGAAGUUUGUAGAGUUUGGCUGCCAAACUGUGACUCACCUGGACUUGCCAUGGCACGUGCUUUCGGAGACUUUUGUCUGAAAAACUUCGGUCUAAUCUCCGUCCCUGAUGUAUCAUUCCGUAGAUUAACCCAAAAAGAUGAGUUUAUAGUGUUGGCUUCAGAUGGGAUAUGGGAUGUACUCUCAAACGAAGAGGUAGUGGGGAUUGUAGCUGCAGCACCAUCUCGUUCCUCUGCGGCAAGAGCUGUAGUUGAGUCUGCGGUUAGAGCUUGGAGAUAUAAAUACCCGACCUCCAAAGUCGAUGACUGUGCUGCGGUUUGCUUGUAUCUACAUAACAACACAAACGCCAUAUCUACUACAGUUUCUUCCAUCUCCAAACUGGCAGAUGAGGAACUAGAAACCGCGUCUGAGAAUGAUGAUGAAUCAGGACUAAGCGGUCUAGGCCGUUCGAGUAGUGUCAGGACGAGUAAAGAGAUUGCUCUUGAUGAAAGUGAAGCUGAAAGGCUGAUAAAAGAAGAAGAGGAUAAUAUGGAUACAGAGCAUGGAACAGAGUAUUCUGCACUAGAAGGUGUUGCAAGAGUUAAUACACUUUUGAACUUGCCAAGAUUUGUGCCUGGAAAGUGAAAAAAGAAGAAGAGUUUGAAGUGAAGAAAGAGAUAUAAUCAAAUAAAAUCCAGGAGAGAUUGUGUCUUUUUUUUUUCUCACGUUUCUACAUUGAUCUCUAACGAUCAAAUUAAUUGACAAGAGGAUUUUUUUUUUUUGUGCAAACAUGUUCUCCAUUAAUUAAACUUGAAGAACC